AUGCAGUACGUUGGAAGGGCCAUAGGAUCUGUGUCGAAAACGUGGUCUUCCAUAAAUCCAGCUACACUCUCCGGUGCGAUUGACGUCGUAGUUGUCGAACAUCCUGACGGUCGACUAGCCUGCUCACCCUUCCAUGUGAGAUUUGGGAAGUUCCAAAUAUUGAAGCCCUCUCAAAAAAAGGUUCUGGUAUCUGUAAAUGGCCAACCCACAAAUAUUCCUAUGAAGCUUGGGGAUUCCGGCGAAGCCUACUUUGUUUUCGAAACGGAGGGAGAUAUGGGGACAAUACCUGAUGAGCUCAUCUCCUCGCCGGUGGUCAGCGCCGCAAGCAGUCCAUCUGCUUCACCCAAUACGAAUAGCAAAUCGCAGAGCGAAACGAACUUAGAAGAACCAGACUUCCUAGAUAUUGGUAAACCAGCUCAAGGUGAGGUGGCCCCUCCUUCGACGCCUCCCCCACCACGGCGCCCCUCGAUAUUCGAAGAACGAGCUAGAAAGCUUAAUGAGAAGCUGCAUGAAAAGCAAAUUCCAAGUAAAUUUGAUAUGAAUGGCGAUUUACUACUCGAUAUCGAGGGGUACAAGCCCAGUAAAGAUAGAGUUCACACCACUGAUGAAAUGCUGAAGCAAUUGUUACGUGAUGAAUUGGGGACUGAAUUUGAUAUUUCUACAUUUGUGAAAGAAGACCACAAUGGAAACAUGAGAAUAAUGAACCCCGGGGAGUCCAAUCACCUGCACUCACCUUUAUGUUCCCCACGUACAUUAGCAAGUGACGACUUUGAUAAUACCGUGUCAGGCAUUUCGGAGUCAUCUUCCCAAACUGAUGUGACUACUUCAACUGAGCGCGACUCACGAGAAUCUCUCGGGAAGGCGAAUUCAGCUGUUUCCGAGAAGAAUUACAUCAAGACCAUCCGGCUAACUUCUGAGCAGCUGCAGUGCCUGGAGUUGAAGUAUGGUGAAAACGACCUUUCGUUUUCCGUGGAUAACAGUAGGGCAGUCGUCACUGCCAAGCUAUUUUUAUGGCGCUGGGAUGUUCCACUAGUUAUUUCCGAUAUUGAUGGAACAAUAACAAAGUCAGAUGCAUUGGGGCAUGUGCUUACGAUGAUUGGUAGGGAUUGGACGCACCUCGGAGUUGCUCAACUCUUUACUCAAAUUAAACGGAAUGGUUACAACGUAGUUUACCUUACAGCAAGAAGCGCGGGGCAAGCAGACUCAACGAGAAGCUACCUUAGGAGUAUUGUUCAGGACGGUUUCAAGCUGCCGAGAGGCCCUGUCAUCCUUUCUCCGGACAGAACCAUGGCAGCUUUGAGAAGGGAAGUGAUUCUGAAAAAGCCAGAGGUGUUUAAAAUCGCGUGCUUGAACGACUUGCGCAACCUUUACGUGGGCGAGUUUGACUCGGGAGAAAAAGCAGAUGAUGAUAGGAAAGACGAGCUCCCGACACCUUUUAUGGCUGGCUUUGGGAACAGAAUUACUGAUGCCUUAGCGUAUAGGACAGUGGGGAUUCCAAGCUCUCGUAUCUUUACCAUAAAUCCCGAUGGAGAAGUCCAUAUGGAACUUUUGGAGCUCGCUGGAUAUCGAAGCUCCUACAUUCACAUAAAUGAGCUUGUGGACCACUUUUUUCCUCCUGUGGGACUAAACUAUGUCAACUGUGCGGACGACCACAGAAGUCUAUCACCUACUCCGGGGUCUCCCGUUGGAACUAUGACAGAGGAGCGGUCUUUUCAUAGGCCACAGGACGUUAAGUUUACGGACGUAAACUUUUGGCGAGACCCCAUUCCCUCUCUAGCUGACGUCUCAGACUUGAGCAGCCUCGAAUCAGAAGAUACGCGCGAUCCUCUUGAUUCUAGCAGUCGUGGCAAGGCUCCCUCUGAGGGCUGGGAUGUCAAGAGUUCCAAAAGCGACAGUUUGGAGACGGACGCCCCCUCGACACCGCAGAGUGCAAGAAGUGCUGGGCACCCCUCCAGUGCUUCAAAAAAUAUUGGGAAGCAGAUGUACCUUGAACUCGGAUCACCUCUAGCGUCGCCCAAGCUUCGCUAUAUUGAUUCCAAAAAAGCCGAAGACAAGAUGAAAUCUCUCGCAAUCUCCAGCCCGCCCAAAGCAAGCACACAAACAUCGACAUUCAGUGUGUUCAACGAUGGAUCUAUGCACGAUCCUAAAGAUACAGACGCUAAGUUUGCUCCGCCGGGUCGCUCAAUGAACCACCAAGAAACCUCAGACGACGAAUUUGACGAAGACGAAUUCGACUACGAGCCUUGCUCAAGCGGGGUAUCAGACCAUGAUGUUAACGAAAAUAGCGAACUUGACGAUGCCAACGAUAAUCUCACGGGAAAUGAGGUCAACGAUGAUGAGUUUGAUGAAGAUGAGUUCGACCAGUGA